UAAUAAAGUCUCUGUGUAAGGGCUGUCUCUUAAAAUGAACCGAACACACAUGUAGGGUCCAAUAAGUGACCUGGCACACAGCUCACCUGUCCUGAACACACACACACACACACACAGUGAGGGGCAAUGCAACUGAAGUGACCAGGUUUGGCGAUGGCUGUGUUGAAUCCUAUGGAGUGGAUCAGGAAGAGCAGGGGCUCGCGGUGCCUCGUGCUGGUGGUCGUGUGUGUGGCUCUGCUGCUGGAUAACAUGUUGCUGACUGUCGUGGUUCCCAUCAUCCCUACUUUCCUUUAUGCCAUGGAGCAUCAACCGAGUGAGCUUUCCUCAUCCUCCUCUUCCUCUCUGUCUCCUCCCACCACGGACCAGCCCACCUUCUCCUCCAUCUUCUCUCUCUAUGAUAACGUGACCUACACCAACACCAACACCGUGACCCAGGAUAACCUCAGUGACUCAACUGUUACCCCAAUCUCCAAUGGGAAUGCCAGCAUCUCUGACUCGGGUGACUGCAAGGAUGACAGGAAGUUUCUGGAGGAUGAGAACAUAAGAGUUGGCCUCCUGUUUGCAUCCAAAGCUAUAGUGCAGCUUCUGGUCAACCCGUUCGUGGGUCCGCUGACCAACAGGAUCGGGUACCAUAUACCCAUGUUUGCUGGGUUUAUCAUCAUGUUUGCCUCCACGAUAAUGUUUGCUUUCUCAGAGACGUACACCUUGCUGUUUUUCGCUCGUUCCCUCCAGGGCAUCGGUUCCUCCUUCUCCUCUGUUGCAGGACUGGGCAUGCUGGCCAGUGUGUACACUGAUGAUAAUGAGAGAGGGACUGCCAUGGGGAUAGCACUAGGAGGACUCGCCAUGGGUGUGCUCAUUGGUGCUCCUUUCGGCAGUGUCAUGUACGAGUUUGUGGGUAAAAGCUCUCCGUUUCUCAUCCUGGCCUUUCUCGCUCUGUUUGAUGGAGCACUCCAGCUUUGUAUCCUGCAGCCCUCUAAGAUAUCUCCCGGGAGUAUGGAGGGCACACCACUGCUAACUCUGCUGAAGGACCCUUACAUACUCAUCAGCGCAGGAUCUUUGUGCUUUGCCAACAUGGGCGUAGCCAUUUUGGAGCCCACUCUCCCUAUAUGGAUGAUGCAGACCAUGUGUUCACCAAAAUGGCAGCUUGGGGUGGCUUUUCUACCAGCUAGCGUGUCUUACUUAAUUGGAACCAACCUGUUUGGCCUGCUGGCCAACAAAAUGGGCAGGUGGCUUUGCUCCAUGAUCGGCAUGAUCGUCGUUGGCAUCAGCCUCCUUUGCGUUCCUUUGGCCAAAGACAUCUACGGCCUUAUUGGUCCUAACGGAGGACUAGGAUUCGCUAUUGGAAUGGUUGAUUCGUCCAUGAUGGCUAUAAUGGGCUACCUGGUGGAUAUCAGACACGCCUCUGUGUAUGGCAGUGUGUACGCCAUAGCGGAUGUGGCACUUUGUAUGGGGUUCGCUAUAGGUCCAUCUACAGGGGGCGCUAUAGUACACGUGAUCGGCUUCCCUUAUCUCAUGGUGAUCAUCGGGGUGGUCAAUAUUCUUUAUGCACCCCUGUGCUUCUUUCUUAAAAACCCUGCUGCUCGGGAGGAGAAGAUGGCGAUUCUAUCCCAGGAGUGUCCCAUGCAUGUGAAGAGCUACAGCACAGAGCGUCAGUGUAGAGAGUUCCCCCUGAGUGACGAGAGUGACGCCGACCCCGAGGAGUAACACACACACACACACACACACACACACACACUGAAAGGAAUAAAACACUUGGGGGUGUGCUGUUAUAGGCAAAGAAUCAACGACAGGUUACUGUUGCCAAUCUGAAGUUGAGUAUUUUCCUAUAACAGCACCUCCAGAAGUGUUUUAUUCCUCUUACACCACAGCAAUGUGCCAAUGAUUACAAUUUUGUAUUAAUAAAUUAACGAAUUAAUUUUUAUUUUCCUGUUUUCCUGUUCUCACUUAUGUUAUAGUAGCUAUAAACAGUCGUUCCCUCACCAGCCUCUCUUUUUUUCUCUCUCUUGAAGUUAAUAAGACAAAAAAAAAAAAAAAAAACGCAGCUUGUCAUGCUAUCAAGAAAGUGUAAACUCCUCUAUUCUGGAAAAAUGCAUCGCUCACACUGGAGACUCCUUCCAUAAGAGUUUAAUAAACAUCUCCUCCUGAAUGUCAGUUACUAAUCAUCAUAUAAAGGAUUAUACGUUUUUCUUUGUUGAAUAAUUUGGAGUGUCCAUGUGUGAGUUGUUACUAUAGAAACGAGAAAGUAUUAGAAUGUAUUAGAAUGUUCUGACCAAUCAGAGUCGAGUAUUCAACAGGGAUGUGGAGUAACGUGAGUUGUUAUACUGUAUUUCACCUUACUGGAUGGCUAUGAUUCAAAUAAACACUUUGCUUCACAGUAUCAAA